ACACCAACACUGAAAAUACGCCGACGUUCGUUGUCCUCCUUUCACCACUAUCGAAUGUUUCUGAAUACAUUUGCCUGGAGUUAGCCGUCGUUUGUGCAGGAAAAAUCGAAUCGGUGGAGAGGAAAUAUUUUAUUAAAGUGCAAAUUUUUCUUGCUUUAGUUUAACUGUAAUAUUUUUAAUAAGAUAUUAAAGUUGGUAAUUUUGCUCCGUUUGUUUCUUUAUUGAAGAAACUAAUAUUUUCUGCACAUUGAGUGCUUUUUUGUGAUAAUAUAUUGCUGACAACAUGACCGAUGCUUUUGAUGGCAACGGUGAUUACUCCCCGUACAAUGAUGACGACAAUGAAUAUAGUAAACAACGCAAAAGUGGCGUAGGCUCCAAUACGGUGCCACAUAAUGGCGAUAACACAAAUCAUGUCUCAUCUGGAGGUCCCGGCGCCUCUGGUGAUAGUGGGCAGUUAAAUGAAAAGGCUAACGAGUACAUUCGCGACUGUUUAAGUGAAAAAAAUCGAAUGGAUAGAAAAUUUCCAAUUGCUGAAAAACUUCUGGAAUGUGAAAUUGAAAAAGUUCAAAGUACAGGACGUAUACCCUCACGUGAACAGAAAUAUGCCGAUAUUUACCGUGAAAAGCCAAUUCGAGUAUCACAGAAAGUACUUGUUCCAAUACGGGAGCAUCCAAAGUUCAAUUUUGUUGGAAAAUUGCUUGGGCCUAAAGGUAAUUCACUAAGACGUUUACAAGAGGAAACUCUUUGUAAAAUGACUGUUCUUGGACGUAACUCAAUGCGCGAUCGUGUAAAGGAAGAAGAAUUACGUACCUCUAAGGAUCCUAAAUAUGCACAUCUAAACAGUGAUUUACAUGUUGAAAUUUCUACAAUUGCUCCACCAGCUGAGGCUUAUGCGCGCAUUGCAUACGCAAUGGCCGAACUUCGAAAAUAUUUGAUACCAGAUAGUAAUGAUAUUAUACGACAGGAACAACUGCGCGAGUUAAUGGAUAGUACCAGCAUUAAUGAGAAUGAUGGUGGUAAGUCCACUUUUAAGAAAGCUUCACAUACCCAAGGUACAGGUGGUGGAAUAGGCAUGACCAUGAAUACUUCAACUGGUGCUUCUGGUUCAAGUAAUGUGUUGGGUGGCGGAAAUAAAAACAUACCCCAUCAUGGAUAUAAUAGAGCACCACAGCAGAAUCAGUUUAGUAAAAACUCGGUUGCUCCAAAGCAAAAGGUUUUGUCGAUUUUAGAAAAAGCAAGAACUGCAAUGGAUGAAGGAUAUGGCCGUAGUUAUGAUGAUCAUAUGCCGUACGAAACAUCUUAUGAUAGCUACUCCUAUGGACACGCUCCACCUCAUACUCACCCAUCACAGGCGACUGGCAUGAAUUUACCAAAUAUGAGUACACGUGGUCCGUACGAUACUCAAGAAUAUGAUUCAGAUUUCAAUAGACGUGAUUAUUAUCAGCAUUCGCCUAAUUUUGGUGCUGGUGCCGGCGUAUCUCAAACAAACCAAAAUACUGGUUUGAAUCCAAAUCAUAAUCGUAGUCAUGUUAACAGCAUCAAAUGCAAUUACAUACAAACAACUUCGGGGGCAACAACAAUAUAGUGAAGCAACAUAUGUCAGCAACAAAUGUUCAUCAACAACAGCAAAACCACCCACCGCCUACAUCCAAUCAUGCACCGAACGGCAAUAUGCAUAAUAUUCCCGGUUCAAAUGUGGCUAAUACCAUACAAAAUGAUUGCAAAGCUUUUUCAAACAUUAACCACCUAAAUAAUAUAUCCAAUAUUAAUAAUCAAAAAGCUCCGCAAACACAACCAACUGCUGCUGUUAAUAAUCACCUCCAAGGUCCCGCAGCAACUGCUGCUAAUCUGCUUUUCGUAAGGUAUUAAACAAAAGUUUGCUACUUACACCUGCUUACUUAUAUAAAUAGUUAAUAUUAAUUCGUUUUAAGAAUAUUACAAAAGAAUGUAGUUUAAUUUUAAGUUUAAUAGUAUUCUAAUCUCAUUUUAUGCUUUCACUUUACCCCCUUCCAAACACCACACUCCAUUGCCUAA